ACGCUUAUUUAGUCGCAUCUCAUCGUCACCACCACCACUCCUGGCGUCUCCAGUCUUGGACGCCGCCGGUCCUCGCCGGACUUGGAUGCCCGAUGAAUGGCCUCCGCCUGCAUCAACAACGGCCCCAUGCCUCCGGCCUUCGCCCCAGCGUGCCCUUCCUACGGCUUCCUUAGCCCCAUGAUCUCCCUCAGCCACGACGGCCCCGCUGACGGCGGUUCCGUCCCGGGCCAUGACGUACAAGACCCUCAGCCCGCCACCUCGCCGCCGGGAACCGCGAAUCUGGAUGAUUCGGAGAAGGUUAUACCCGAUUUUGAGUUCCGCCUCGACGAUCCUGUCAUGAUGCUGCCCGCCGACGAGCUCUUCUCUGACGGAAAGCUUGUUCCGCUCCAUGUCGCGGCUGCGCGGCCUCAUGUGGAGCCGGCUGAUGGGAUCCGUUUGCCGGAGGCGGAGAGGCCUCGUCGGGUGGCCGAGGUUCACGGAUCGGAGCUCUGCGCACAGUCGCCCAGAGCGCCGAGGAGCUCGAGCCGGUGGAGGAAACUGCUCGGUCUCAAGAAGCAGCAGCAGAACCCCAUGCCGGAGUCCCAGAAGGUGCCGCCGCACCCUUCCAAGAGCCUGAAUGCCAACACCAGAUCGCUCUGCGAUAUCCUUCAACGCCGUCCGAAACCCUCCGCCGACGACUGCUACCUCAACACCCCGCUCCUCAACGACUCGGAUUCGGAGCCGGCAUCGGUCUCCAUAACGGCCCGCCGCUCCCUCUCCUCCUCGUCAUCGUCCUCGGGUGCCGACCACGACGAGCUCCUGCGGUUCUCCUUCGACGCGGAGAAGCCCUCCCACGUGCCGAUCUCGCUUGCCCGGGCGCACUCCUGUGUCCGGAUUGCCCGGCCGAGGGGCGACACCGCGGAGGGCCACCGAGCGGCGAGAGAGGGACGGUGCGCGGUGAGGCGGGGGUCGGAAGGGGCGCCGGCAGAGCCGUCGCCGUUGGCGGCGUCAGUGGACAGCCCCCGUAUGAACGCGUCGGGGAAGGUGGUGUUCCAGGGGCUGGAGUCGAGCUCGAGCAGCCCGGGCAGUUACCACCACCGACACCGGGGAAAGCCGUACCGCGGCAUGGAGCGGUCGUACUCCGUCAACCUCCGGGUCGUCCCGGUUCUCAACGUGCUCACGGUCGGCUCGCUCCGUGUGGGCGCGUCCAAGCCCGGGUCAAUCUUCGGCCUGGGCCACCUCUUCUCGUUGCACAAAACUGAUAGCCCGGUCUCCGCCGCGAGACGGAAUGCUCACGGCAGCGUCCGGAGAAGCAAGAUCGACGAGGAGAAGGCCUGAAGAGGCUCUCCACAUCAAGGUAACAAAAAAACGAAGAAAAAGUCUCUCUUUUGUCUUUUUAGCUACAAAAAUUUUGUUGUUCGACGUUUUGAUCGAAGGUUGUUGUUCUUCGAGUUGCUGAGAAAAACUCCGCAUCGUUACAAAUUCGCGUGUACAAUUGCCCAUCUACUGUUUGAUGUUUUGACAGAAGAGUAGCGUGUUUAGAUCUGCUUCGUUUCCUCAAGAAAA